AUGGCCAGCAUCGCCUCCUUCUCCGUGAACUCGGCAGCCCCUGGCGCCGCCGCACCAGCGCCCGCCCCUGCCACGCUCGUUGUCUCAGGCAUCUCGGCUGUCGCAGAGUGGUCAGAGCCGGCGUUGCCGGACUUUGCUCCACCAUCCCCAACCCCCCGGCGCAACCGCUCGUCGAUCAAGUCGAUUUCCAUCUCGUCGCCGGGCGACCAGCUCCGCGCCAGAUUACGCAGUCUCAGCGAAAUUGAUACACCUGGCGAUGGCACGCCCGCGGCCGCCCUCGCUGCUCUGACGUCGCGCCCUCCCUCGACGAUCAGUGCGUCCCCUCAGCCGCCAAGCACACCCAGGCGCGGCGGCACACCUGCGCGCGACAGCGUCACUCCAACGGGCGCGGUUGGGGUCACCCCAACAGCAACCUUCCCCCUCUCGCCCACACCUACGCGCCGCCACCGCCCCAGCAGCAUGUUGGGCCACAACUUCCGACACUCAAUGCCUGACCCCCUCCUCCUCAUCCCUGACGCAAUUGAGCGCCCAGCCUACCGCCCCACCACAAGCCGCCUCCGCCAGCCCGCCCAGCUGAGCAUGGGUGAGACUGCGGCUGCCCGAGACUCUUUCAUCCAGCCCAGAAGCCGGCGCCCCAGCACCAUGACGCUCCACCUCGAGCCGGCCUCGCCUCCUCGCCGUGGAUCGGCGACUGCUCUCGAGCUGCCCCUUUCUCCCAUCAUGACAUCGAGCCCUGGCAGCCUCGUGAGCGACAAUGGAACGUCGAGCCCCACCACAUCUGUUGAGAGCCUCACGCUCGGCAUCCCCUCGCUCUCGCUCGACACGACCGUCCGCGUCGCGGACAAGUGGCGCCGCGACAUUCCGGACCCCAGCACGUCGUUCCGCAUCUUCGGCGAGGAGUCGAUCGACUCGGAGCGGUUCUUGGACUUUGAUGACAUUUAA